AUAACAGUUUGUAUCAUAACUCGGUAAGAUGUCAGUUGUGAUUUUAUUUGCCUCUAGAAAGCACGAAGUAUUAGUGUACCUAAUUGAGCAAUUGUGGUUUGCAUAAGGAAAACGGCUAGAAAAGCUGAACCCCAAUCUUUUAACAGAUCUAAAUCAAUUAUGACGUGGUACUUGUGCCUGAUUCUGUCAUCGCUAGUAAACUUUAGGUACUGUAUUAACCGGCCAGUUUUUAAAGUCGUUCUCACACAAAAGGGAUUUACACAGUUUCUUCAGUAUGACGUAGAAACACCACCCAUUAGAGAAUUCACUUUUUGCACCUGGCUUCGUGUUUUUGACUUGUCGCACGAUCAAAGUCUGUUUACGUAUGUUGCAAACGGCAAUAAUCGGGUAAUACAGUUGUGGCUUGACUCUGGUGGUAAAUUUAUGAAAAUUGCCUUGAAUGGAAGAACUUUUUCGAGUACUUUAGUGGACAUUACUGAAAAUUCGUGGCGCCAUGCUUGCUUGUCUUAUCAAUCGGACUUCGGAGCAUGGGCAGUCUACUUGGACGGUCGACUGGCAUCCUGCGAGGCAGCCCAAAGUUUAUACGGUUUCAUAUUACCCGGUGGCGGCAGCAUUAUAAUUGGAUACGGUACAACUGACAGUGGUAUUACAAACGGCUUAGAAGGAGAAAUAUUUGGAGCAAACAUGAUACUUAAGUCAACAAUAGAACGAAAUUAUACAAUUAAAAAAGACUCCCAAUACCAACAGAAUUUUUUUCAUAAAAACAAAUUAAUAGGCAGUAAAAAUAUUAAAUAUAUUGUUUUGAACGAUAUGAAAUUUGAUACCUCUGAUUUUGAUAUCUCUGAAACUACAAAAUUGCCUAUUAUGAAUACUACUCGAAGUUUCAUAAAAUUUAAAUCUACUCACGGAUCGAUUGAACAUGACGUUGGUUUGGAUCUAAUUCCGAAGAAAACUAAAUUAAUUGACUCAUCAAAUGAAAAAGAAAUUUUAGACUUUACAAGAAAACCAAACAUCCGCCCAACUACUCACGAUAAUGAAAAAAUAAACUUCUGGAAUCUUCUGAAUGAGGCUGGAAAUAUAGGUAAAUUUAAAGGCCAUAAUAGUAAAGCAAGAGAACAGUCUGGUUCGGGAACACAAGAACUUCCUACUAUAUCAGAAUACGAAACUCCCCCACCACCGGUAUCAUUUAACGACUACAUACGCACAAGUGUAAAAAUUAAAAACCCAUUUUUAAAGACAUCCUUUGAAAUAAAAGAGAGUGGCAAAUCAAACCUUAUGUACAAUGAAAAUAAAUAUGAAAUAUCAGAAGUAGUUAAGCCUCCCCCGUAUGAUAAAAAUACAAAAGUGUACGGUCAAUGGACAAGUUCUCAGUUCGCUAAUAGCGUAUUAAAUUAUCUUAAAAACACUAAUUUCGAAAAUAAAAAAUUGAAAAAGGUUCCUUCAACAAUACCACUUGUUAAAUUCUCGGAUACUCUUCCAUACGCUUCAGAUUAUAAAUUGACUAAAGUGCAACCUUUCAAAUUUGAACGGCGUAACAUUAAAACUAAUACUAUUCAUAAACGUGAUAUUACACAUCCACAAAUUAAUGUUAAAAUUUUACAAGAUGACAUAAGAAGUCAAAUCUUAGAAUCACAUGCAAAAUCCCUACCCAAAAACGUGGAAAUUAUAAAUCGAGGCCAAACAGUAACAAGUGAUAAAUAUCACAGAUUUUAUAGGAAUGUGGAUAGUCAAAUUUCAAGUGAAACAAUUUUUAGUUCCGAAAAUUUGAAACCUACACCUUUUGCAGCCGCUUCUAAAGUUAAUUCUAUGAAAGCCUUAUCUAACAGUGGUUUAUAUAAAAAUAGUAAAUUAAUGGCAAUACUUCCAUUUUUGAAGUCUGCAGAAUAUUUUGUUGAUGAAAACGUAGAAAAAAAGUUUAUUGAUAGUAAUGAAAUGUAUACCAAAAGUUUAUCAAAUGCAAAUAAAUGGCAUAAUAUUAAGUCAUACAAUAAUGACUACACACCUCGACGCAUUAACAUGGAGUCAGGAGAAAUUGAUACUAGUAUUGACAAAGAUAUAAAUACAGACAACAAAAACCAUCCAUCAUUAAGAUCAAAAUAUAGACCCGAGAGUCACAAAAUAGUUAAAAAUAUUGAUGAAGCAGACACACUUAACGGGCGUAAUGCGGCAUUAGAAAUAUUGAACGUUUCUAGCACUAACCCGAGUUCAAUUUCAAUAUUGGAAUACAACCAAGGUAUUCUUUCAGAUAAUAAGGUUACAAAAAGUACUAAAAAACCUAAUCUCAACAUAUUUGCUGACAGCAGGAACAAAAAAGUUUCUAACAAAAAUAAUUUUAAUCAGAACAUUAAAAUAGGCAACGCUCUAAAUGAACGCUAUAUCAUUGGCGAUAAUGCCGAAGCGAACAAAAUAAGUUUUAUUGGAGGUUUAGAAAAAAUUCCCGAUAUAAACAGAUAUAGAUCCGACAUUGAUCAUGUAAGUGAAAUAGUACCUCCAUCUUUGGGGCCUAAAGUGUGCAAAAACGUUGAGUUGUAUGAUGGCUUAUUGUAUGUCCAGCCCGACGGUAGCGUUGAUGUGACGCACAUACUAUCACCAGAGAAGGAGAAAAAUUUGGGUAUCGAGUUUAUUAUUCAAAAUUACAAAAAGUGUUCGUUGGAAGGAUCUGUAUUCGAAACUAAUGCCUUGAUAUUAAUUGACUGGUCCAAAACCCCAGUACGCCUCUUUGGCGGUUCUUAUCCAAAGAAAACUACGGAUCUAUGCGGUUUCUUUUAAAAAUGCGACUAUUAACUAAUUUAACGCUAAGUAAUUAAAAUAUUAAAAUAAUGAA